GAUUGAGUAAAAGCUGCGGCGGACCCUAAAGAAAUAGGAGGGGCUUAGUUAAUACCAGAAAUGUCAAUCAGGCCAUCAACUCCGAAUAAUCUCUACGAAUCUGUUAGGACCUGACCCGGGCACCUUCAGAUCAAUAGCAAGUUGAGAGAGAGCGAUCGGAUCGGUUACAGUGCGUCUGCAUGUGGAAACGUAUACUUUCAACUGAGUCUAUAGCAUUAAAGGUGGAUUCUGCGGCUCUUUCUGCACAGAGAUUUCUCUCGCAGUAGUCACUGACCAUGUCUUUCCCACAACUGGGAUAUCAGUACAUAGCUGCUACUAGGCCACUAUACCCAGAUCGCCAGGGUAUAUCGUCUUCCAGGACUGGGAGCGAUCUGACGGCGUCCGGCGCUGCUUCUACUGUACUAACCAUGUAUGGAUCCCCUUAUGCCGCUCAAGGAUACGGCGCCUUUUUGCCUUAUGCAGCCGAUCUCCCCAUGUUUCCUCAGCUGGGCGCCCAAUACGAACUGAAGGACAGUCCGAGCGUACAACACCCUGCUUUCCCACACCACCACGCCGCUUACUACCCUUACGGCCAAUACCAGUUCGGAGACCCGUCCAGGCCGAAAAACGCCACAAGGGAAAGUACCAGCACGUUGAAAGCCUGGCUCAAUGAGCAUAGAAAGAACCCAUACCCGACCAAAGGGGAGAAAAUCAUGUUGGCCAUUAUCACCAAAAUGACCCUGACCCAAGUGUCCACCUGGUUCGCCAAUGCCCGGAGAAGGCUGAAAAAGGAGAACAAGAUGACUUGGACUCCCAGAAACCGGACGGACGAAGAGGGUAAUUCGUAUGGAAGCGACCCGGACAUGGAAGGGGAGAAAAAGGAGGACGACGAGGAGAUCGAUUUAGAGAAUAUCGAUACGGAGAAUAUCGAGAGCAAAGAGGACGAAGAUGAUCACGACCCGGACUUAAACCUGGACUGCAAACUGGACGGCAGGAGUGACUCUGAGAUCUCAGACACUUUUGAUGACUUGAACGGUUCGGAGGACGGUUUUCUGAAAUCGGUGGUAAAAGAUAGCAGAGUGACUGAGGAGAAGCGAGGCGAUCUGUCGCCUGAGAUUUCAGGACAGUCCAGUGGCGAUCAGACCAAAAGCAGCGCCGAGAGGAAAAGCCCUGUCUCCCCUCCGCCCGAGAGCAGCUUGUCGCUGAACCAGAAGCCGAAGAUCUGGUCUUUGGCUGAAACCGCCACCACUCCGGACAAUCCCCGCAAGUCCCCCCAGAUCAGCAGCACUCCUGCGGGGCCUCCAGCCUCCUCUCUCCUCGGCCAGCACAGACUAUUCGCCUGCCCCAUGGGCAAAUUUCAGAACUGGACAAACCGUACCUUUUCUCACCACCCCCUGGCUUUAAUCAAUUCAAACCACUUCCUCGGACUCAGUGCUGGCCAGGCGGCUCCGGCUGCCGGUGUCCCUGCAUUCUGUACAGUAAGAGAGGAGCGGGCUCAGACAGCAGAACCCACAGUAACAGAUCGAAGCAGUGCCUUGGAAAUAGAGAAAAAAAUAGUAAAGACAGCUUUUCAGCCGGUUCAGAGACGACCCCAGAACCAACUCGAUGCAGCCAUGGUUUUGUCGGCGCUCUCCUCCGCAUAGUCCCUUUUGGCUUUUUUUAAACUUUAUUUUGUAACCAUUUUCUUGUUAAAUGGAAUGUAAAAAUGUUCCCCCCUGUAUAGUUUAACCUGUAAGCAUGUAUGUGUAUUAAAAUAAAAUUGGUAAUGUUAUACUGGCCGAGAAGGCGUGUAUCAAUUAGUUCAGUUUGUGACAUGUGGAACCCAGUUUUUUUUUGUAAGUCGAGUGAAAAUUAGUUAUCACCUGGUGUUCGAGAUGUUUUGUAUAUACCGCAAACAAAAAUGUACAUACGUGUGAACGAAAUUGUACAAGAAAGUAUAUAUUUUUGGC